AUGGAGAGGACCCUUUCAACAAAGUCCAAAAUUAGGAAGUUUCCAGAACCACCAAACAAUGAAAAUGAAGAUGAAGAUGUCAAAGCUGAAAGACUAAAGGUUAAAGAGCUGAUCAGUUGCCAGUGUUGUGAGGAGAAACCAGCCAUUAUGGUCAGCAGUUUGCAUAAAGAAUAUGAUGACAAGAAAGAUUUUCUUCUUUCAAGAAAAGUAAAGAAAGUGGCAACUAAAUACAUCUCUUUCUGUGUGAAAAAAGGAGAGAUCUUGGGACUAUUGGGUCCAAAUGGUGCAGGCAAAAGCACAAUUAUUAAUAUUCUCAUUGGUGAUGUUGAACCAACUUCAGGCCAGAUCCCAUGUAUUAUUGAUAUCAUGCAGCGAGCAAUUCAAACUGCAUUUAAAAACAAAAAGCGGGCUGCUAUUCUGACCACUCAUUAUAUGGAGGAGGCAGAGGCUGUCUGUGACCGAGUGGCUAUCAUGGUGUCUGGUCAGUUAAGAUGUAUUGGAACAGCACAACAUCUAAAGAGUAAAUUUGGAAAAGGCUACUUUUUGGAAAUUAAAUUAAAAGACUGGAUAGAAAACCUAGAAGUAGACCGCCUUCAAAGAGAAAUUCUGUAUAUUUUUCCAAAUGCAAGACGUCAGGAGAGUUUUUCUUCUAUUUUGGUUUAUAAAAUUCCUAAGGAAGAUGUUCAGUCCCUUUCACAAUCUUUUUCUAAACUGGAAGAAGCUAAACAUACUUUUGCCAUUGAAGAAUAUAGCUUUUCUCAAGCAACACUGGAACAGGUUUUUGUAGAACUCACUAAAGAACAAGAGGAAGAAGAUAAUAGUUGUGGAACUUUAAACAGCACACUUUGGUGGGAAAGAACACAGGAAGACAGAGUUGUAUUUUGAAUUUGUAUUGCUCAGUCUACUUACAGAACUUAUUUCUUCUACACUUUAUUUUAACGUUAAAAAGUUUAUUAUUUGAAUGGUAACUGGAGAACCACGAAGCACUUUGCUUUUUUCUAACUCCUUAAUUGAAAUGCUGUGGCCAUAUACCUUGUUUUUCUUUAAAUAAAACUUAUGUAUAAUUAAAUGAA